GACCUCAGGGGCACUUGUCCAGGCAGGUCUCUCGGAGACAGUAGCAGUGACCAGGCUAAGGACCCUACGACAAUCAGGGUAACAAGCAAGAGAUCUGACUCCAUCAGCCAUGCUGAAACAGACUAACAAGAGGAGAGGGUCUUGGAGCUACAAACCCUGGAGUGCUCUGGAGAGUGAGGACCCUCCAAGUACAGGUACCAACCAACACCGCAGGAGCUCCACAGGGACUCGCUCAGGCUCCCACGGCAGCAUUACGCCAUGGACCGAGGUCAGAUAUAACUACUACAUCGAGGAGGACGAUAGUGGCGGGGAGGAGGAGGAAGAGUGGAAGGACAACCUUGCCAAGGAGGACCAGCAGCCAGGAGAGAUCACCACUGCACAGCUGGAUGGCCAUACAGACACUCCAGCCCACUUGUCCAUGCUGAACGUGAAUGUUGGCGGCCACAGCUACCAGUUAGAUUACUGUGAAUUGGCCAGCUACCCCAAAACACGCCUGGGCCGCCUGGUCACCUCCAUGACCCGCAGCCGCCAGCUGGGCCUGUGUGAUGACUAUGAGGCAAAGACAGAUGAAUACUUCUUCGAUCGUGAUCCAGAUGUCUUCCAGCUCGUCUACAAUUUCUACACAUCAGGGGUUCUGUUAGUGCGAGAUGAGCUGUGCCCUCAAAACUUCCUGGAGGAGCUGGGCUAUUGGGGCGUGAGGCUCAAGUACACACCACGCUGCUGCCGAAUCUGCUUCGAGGAGCGUCGCGAGGAACUGAGCGAACAGCUCAAGAUCCAACGCGAGCUGCGCGCACAGGCUCAGGCGGAGGAGGCUGAAGAGCUCUUCCGCGACAUGCGCUUCUGUGGAGCACAGCGGCGCCGCCUCUGGAACUUCAUGGAGAAGCCCUUUUCAUCUGUGGCUGCUAAGGUCAUGGGGGUGGCCUCCAACCUCUUUGUGCUCAUCUCAGUGGUGACACUGACACUCAACACCGUGGAGGAGAUGCAGCAUCAGGCAGAGGAGGGCACAGGUGGCGACCCGGGGUCCAUCCUGGAGCACCUGGAGGUGCUGUGUGUAGCGUUCUUCACGCUUGAGUACCUGCUGCGUCUUAUCUCCACACCAGACCUGCGGCGCUUUGCGCGCAGUGCCCUCAACCUAGUGGACCUGGUGGCCAUACUGCCGCUUUACCUGCAGCUGCUGCUCGAGGGCUUCACUGAGGAGGUUCAGGGGUACAGCAGGGGCUCAACACAUGAUCAAGACCUAGAGACGGUGGGCCGUGUGGGCAAGGUGGGCCAGGUAUUACGCAUCAUGCGCCUCAUGCGUAUCUUCCGCAUCCUUAAGCUAGCUCGCCACUCCACGGGACUGCGUGCCUUUGGCUUCACGUUGCUCCAGUGCUACCAGCAGGUGGGCUGCCUCCUGCUCUUUAUCACGUUGGGCAUUUUUACCUUCUCUGCAGCUGUCUACUCCGUGGAGCAUGACGUGCCUGGCACCAACUUCACCAGCAUCCUUCAAGCCUGGUGGUGGGCCGCGGUGAGCCUCUCCACUGUGGGCUAUGGAGACAUGUACCCAGAGACCCUCCUAGGCAGGCUCUUUGCCUUCCUCUGCAUUGCUUUCGGAAUCAUUCUCAAUGGGAUGCCCAUUUCCAUCCUCUACAACAAGUUCUCUGACUACUAUAGCAAGCUCAAAGCUUAUGAAUAUACCGCCAUACGUAGGGAGAGAGGAAACGUGGAUUUCAUGCAGAGAGCCAGAAAGAAGAUGGCUGAGUGUCUGGCUAGAAGCAACACACAGCCCACCCCAAGGCAAUAGAAUACUUCAUAGGAUUUGUCUCUGGUAGAUUCCAGGAAUUUUAAGACUUCAUUUGCUCCCUUUGUUAUUAUGAAUGGCAGCAAAAGAACAUGUGGGGCAGACAUACACAAAGGCAUUCAGUUCAUAAAAUUCUAUCUCUAGAAAUAUUCAUUUUGGCCAGAAUGCCUCAUUUUGCUCAUGCAACUGAGUUGCAUGCAAAAACCUAACUUUUCCAAUGAUGCUGAUGUUGAAAAUGGUUUGAAAGGAGCAACAUGUUGGAUUUGUCUUUUAGCUUCUCUUGGCAUCCAUAUUUUUGGAAUUGAGUUCACUUGAGAGAAUUUUCUUAAAGAAAAUGAAGAUGUUUUUGUUCAGUUCAGGGAGACGGAGUGUCACAGCAGGAACUAUGUGAGCUUUGGAGGUAGACCAACCUCUCAGUCAAAAUCCCAGAUCUACCAAACUAUAUGAUUUGAGCCAAGUUACCUUAACCCUCUGAGCCUCAGUCUCUUCAGUUAUAAAAUAUAGGUAAUAGCAACUAUCUUGAGUAUGAGUAUGUAGAUUAGAGACACUUGUAAAUGCUCAGUGAAUGAUAGAUGUUUAAGUUGUUGGAGUGGGUAUUGUCUAAUAAACUCUAGAACAGUGGUUCUCAAUUAAAGGCAGUUUUGCCCCGAGGACAUG